AUGGAAGCUAUUCUUGAUUUUUCCAAGGAUUUGGAUAUCGCUAUUUUGGAUCAAGUUGUGGAAACUUUUUAUAAGGGAUCUGGUCCACAACAGAAGCAAUCACAAGAUAUUUUGACUAAGUUUCAAGAGCAUCCUGAUGCUUGGCAACGUGCGGAUAAAAUUCUACAGUACUCCAACAAUCCUCAAACCAAAUUUAUUGGGCUAACUAUUCUAGAUAAGUUGAUUACAACGAAAUGGAAAUUACUUCCUAAUGAACAAAGAGUUGGUAUCAGAGAUUUCAUUGUUGGUAUGAUCAUUUCAAUGUGUCAAGAUGACAAUGUAUUUCAAAAUCAAAAAAAUUUAAUUAAUAAGUCUGAUUUAACUUUAGUCCAAAUUUUAAAACAAGAAUGGCCUCAAAACUGGCCAAAUUUCAUUCCAGAAUUGAUUGGAUCAUCUGCAUCUUCUAUUAACGUUUGUGAAAAUAAUAUGGUUAUAUUGAAAUUGUUAUCUGAAGAAGUUUUCGAUUUCUCUGCCGAGCAAAUGACCCAAGCAAAAGCAUUACAUUUGAAAAAAUCAAUGUCCACAGAAUUUGAACAGAUCUUUAAGCUUUGUUAUCAAGUCUUGGAACAAGGUUCUUCCACUUCAUUGGUAGCAGCAGCUUUGGAGUCUUUGCUAAGGUAUCUACAUUGGAUCCCUUACAGUUAUAUUUAUAAUACGGAUAUAUUGGAGUUAUUAAGUACAAAAUUUUUAACUACUCCAGAAACUAGGGCAAUAACUUUGAAAUGUCUAACUGAAGUUUCUCAAUUGGAAAUUCCAAAUGAUAAUGCUGCCUUGAAAGCUAAAACUGUAAUGUUUUUCCAAAAUACUUUACAACAAAUUGCAGUUAACGUGAUGCCAGUAACCGCAGAUUUAAAGGCUACAUAUAUGAACGCUAGUGGUUCCGAUCAAUCAUUCUUACAAGAUUUUGCAAUGUUUUUGACAACUUAUUUAAGUCGUCGCAGAUCUUUGUUGGAAAGUGAGGAAUCUCUAAGAGAAUUGUUGUUAAAUGCCCAUCAAUAUUUGAUUCAAUUGUCAAAAAUUGAAGAAAGAGAGUUAUUCAAAACGACUUUGGAUUACUGGAACAACUUGGUCACUGAUUUAUACCAAGAAAUUGAUAAAUUACAAACACAAGACCUUAACCCGUUGUUACAGUUAUCAGUUGGUUCCCGUCCUUCUUCAGGUGGUGCUCCAAACCCUGAGCUUCUAAGAAGAUAUCCAUUAAAGAAGCAUAUGUAUGACGGUAUCUGUUCUCAGUUAAGAUGGGUCAUCAUUGAAAAUAUGGUUAGACCAGAAGAAGUUUUAAUUGUAGAGAAUGAUGAAGGUGAAAUUGUAAGAGAAUUCGUAAAAGAAUCAGACACUAUCCAAUUAUACAAAUCUGAAAGAGAAGUUUUAGUUUAUUUGACACAUUUGGAUGUUGUAGAUACUGAAGAAAUUAUGAUUAGUAAGUUAGCAAGACAAAUUGACGGUUCAGAAUGGUCAUGGCAUAAUAUCAACACUUUAUGUUGGGCUAUUGGUUCCAUUUCUGGUACAAUGUCUGAAGAUACUGAAAAGAGAUUCGUUGUCACAGUUAUCAAGGAUUUGUUGGCCUUAACUGAAAAGAAAAGAGGUAAGGAUAACAAGGCAGUUGUUGCAUCCAAUAUCAUGUAUGUUGUUGGUCAAUAUCCACGUUUCUUGAAAGCUCACUGGAACUUCUUAAGAACUGUUAUUUUAAAGCUGUUUGAAUUUAUGCAUGAAACACAUGAAGGUGUCCAAGAUAUGGCAUGUGAUACUUUUAUUAAGAUUGUUCAAAAAUGUAAAGCUCAGUUUAUUGUUACACAAAAUAUUGACAAUGAGCCAUUUAUUCAAACUAUCAUUAGAGAUAUCCAAUCUACUACUGCUGAUUUACAACCUCAGCAAGUCCACACUUUUUAUAAGGCAUGUAGUAUUAUCAUUGGUGAAGAAAGAAAUGUUAAUGAAAGGAAUAGAUUAUUGGGUGAUUUAAUGCAACUCCCAAAUAUGGCUUGGGAUGCCAUUGUACAGCAGUCAUCUGAAAAUCCAGAUUUGUUAUUAGAUUCAGAAACUGUAAAGAUUAUUGCCAAUAUUAUUAAAACAAAUGUUGCUGUAUGUACUUCUUUAGGUGCAGAAUAUUAUCCCCAACUUGGUCAUAUUUAUUACCAUAUGUUGGAGUUGUAUAGAGCUGUUUCUUCAAUGAUAUCAACCCAAGUUGCUAAGGAUGGUUUAAUUGCUACUAAGACACCUAAAGUACGUGGUUUGAGAACCAUCAAAAAGGAAAUUUUGAAGUUAAUUGAAAUUUACAUUUCGAAAGCUAGAAAUCUACAAGAGGUCGUAAAUGUAUUAAUUCAACCAUUAUUAAACGCUGUUUUGGAAGAUUAUUUGAAUAAUGUUCCUGAUGCAAGAGAUGCUGAAGUACUAAACUGUAUGACUACAGUAGUACAAAAAGUUGGACAUAUGAUUCCACAAGGUGUUAUUUUGAUUUUACAAAGUGUAUUUGAAUGUACAUUGAAUAUGAUUAACAAAGAUUUAACUGAGUACCCUGAACAUAGAGUAGAAUUUUACAAGUUAUUGAAGGCAAUCAAUGAAAAAUGUUUCAAUGCUUUGUUAGAAUUACCCCCAGCAGCAUUUAAAUUGUUUGUUGAUGCAAUUUGUUGGGCCUUUAAGCAUAACAAUAGAGAUGUUGAAGUCAACGGUUUACAAAUAGCUUUAGAUUUAACUAAGAAUAUUGAAAAUUUGAGUAGUGCGCCAGCAUUUGUAAAUUCAUUUUACGAGAACUAUUAUUUCAUUUUCAUCAGUGAAACUUUCUACGUUUUGACUGAUUCAGAUCAUAAGUCUGGUUUCUCUAAACAAUCUUUAUUAUUAAUGAAAUUGAUCUCAUUGGUUGAAGAAAAUAAGAUAUCAGUACCAUUGUACAAGGAAGGAUCAGCACCAGCAGGUACUUCUAACCAAGUCUAUUUGAAUGAGUAUUUGGCUAAUCUAUUAAGUAAUGCAUUCCCUCACUUGACUAGAGACCAAGUUGUAAACUUUUUAACUGCAUUGACAAAACAAUACAAGAAUCCUGUUCAAUUCAACGGUACUCUAAGAGAUUUCUUAGUCCAAAUUAAGGAAUUCGGUGGUGAUGCAACAGAUUAUCUAUUUGCAGAAGAUAAAGAAAGAGAAUUAAAAGAACAAAAUAGACUUGACAGAGAAAAAGCCUCUAAGAUUGGUGGUUUGUUGAAGCCAUCUGAAUUAGAAGAUUGA